AUGUCAACGCCACUUGCUCAAGCUCAACGAGUUAUGUCUUCAUAUGGUUUGUCAACAUUUUAUAUUCUUGGUACAAUUGGUAAUUUUCUAUUGAUUUGUAUUCUUGUACAACGUACUCAUCGACAAAGUUCAUGCUCAUUAUAUUUACUUUCAGCUACAGUUGUUAAUUUUAUUCUUAUACAAUGUAUUUUACCAUUAGGCAUCUAUUCUGCAGAUCAUAAUGAUCCACAAAAUGUUAUACUUAUUUGGUGUAAAAUUCGUAGUUAUUUAUUUAAUGGUCUUCUUAUGCUUUAUCGUUGGUAUAAAAUGGCAGCUUGUAUUGAUCGUGCAGCUAUGUGUAGUCGUCACGCAUGGAUACGAUCAUUUAGCAAUGUUUCAGUUGCUUAUCGAGCUAUUUUAAUUAUAACAAUUGUUUGGCUGUUAAUACCUAUUCAUUUAGCUGUCUAUUUUCGAAUUGAAUCUGGUCGUUGUGUACCACAAUCAGGUGAUUAUGCAAGGUUUUUUAGUGCAUAUUCAAUUAUAAUAUCUGGUUGGUCACCACCUACAGUAAUGGCAAUAUUUGGCUUUAUGGCAUAUAAAAAUUUAAAAAAAAUAAGAACACAAGUUAUGCCGCAAAACACUACCGGUCGUAUUAAUGGUGAUUAUCCAAGUAAUUCAACUAGAAGAACAAUAAAUAAUCGA